UGAUUUCAUGUAACAAUUUUACUCUUUUUUAUCAUUAAUCCAUAUAAGCAAAUUAUAUCAUUGUUCGAUCAGUCUCGGGUGUGUUAUUAAGUCAAAGUUUGCCCCCCUUUUCACGCACGCAACGCGUUGAACUGCGUGUGUUUUAACUGCGCAUAAAAGGCCAGAAGUGGGACCAAUUCCCAACUGUUUGCGGCCUUGAUCUGCCUCAUGCGUGCGCUCACACAACGAGGCAAUAUUCUGAUGCGUAACUUCCAGCCACCCUCUGAAUGACAAAGAGUUACAAACUGAGUGACACCUUAAGUAUUUAACAAGUACACAUUGGCAUGGUAAUCCCCCGCUGCAUUUAGCUGGAGGUGUCAUUUUCCCAGCAGCAGCAGCGGAUGAAAAUCCUCAAAGUUUGAUGCAGGUCUGUCCCCUCCCAGUGGCCUUCUCGCUGCCGGGAUGUCAGGAUUUGUCCUGGUACGGUGAUCCUACGAUGGACAGUUGGCGAGACAUUUUUUUUAUCUAAAAAGCAGACAAAUAAAUAACAACAGGUAUUGUCUGGCGUAAAAUGUAACUAUUUUAUAAGAGAAUCAAAUCCCCCCAAAAUAUUUUAUUUUCCUUCAAGAAUAGUCUUUCAAAGUUCAUACAAUUGUAUUUUUGACAGAUUAAAAAAUCACAUGUAACUUCGUUUUUUUAUUAAUUAGUGUUGCAUUUCAGCAAUAUAUACGGUAAAAUCAAAGGAAUGCAUGAAAAUGUAUUAAGAAGAAAAAGCAAGGAAGUAAAUAUUUCUUCUUUUUAACUAAGACUGCAAUUGGAGAAACGUGACAAUUUCUACAGAAUUUGUGAACGUUUGUUGUUUUCUUGUGGUCUAUUGUCAAACAUUCAACUUUUUCAGCGUUAUUGAUUUAUGCUGUUAUUUUCACAAGUCAACCUGAAAGGCUGCAUUUACUGAAGAGGAUAAAAAAAAAUAACAAUUGUCUCAGCUCACUUUCUAGAAACGUAUUGUAAAAGUAUGAGAACUGAAGAAAAAUCUGUAGACUUUUGUUAAUAUUGCCACUAAAUUAUUCCCUGAACCACGAAUGUGCUCGGUACAAAAACUAUAAACACGAGGAGCACAUGAGAUGCGUCAGGUGGAGAAAAUACAAAUUUGCGGCGUUUAUAGAUAUACAAACAUUUUUAUAAAACGGGGCCUCCCGACAAACAGAAAUUCAGGCGCGCGCAGAGGCGCAUGAGACACCGCGUGGCUCAGCGUCGGGUCCUACGUCUGUACUCUGAGUGCCGCACAUCCAGCAGGAGGAGGGCUUAAAGAUGAGCUCCGUCAUAUUGUUUGACACAAACUCGCAGCUUGAUGGAGUGGCCUCUUUGGGAGAAACUGAAAAUUGUGAUUUCCAAAAAAAUAAAAAGCAGAUAAAAGGGGAGAAAAAACCAAACAAACUACCCUACCUUCAUCUCUCUGAUGAGAUACACACUGUCCGAUGUGAAACAUUCAAUUCUUGGGACUUAGAUAAAUUCCAUUACAUCUCGCUUCCAUUUUUUUGUUAACAGCUGCUUGAGAUUUUCACUUGUUAUUAAAUCUGACAGGGUGAAGAUUUUGCUUCUGGUAUGAAAUAAUUAGCAUAAUUACAGACGCGCCAACAAUGCAUUAAUUUAUCAUAUCUGUGUAAUAAAGCGGCGGCCCUCAGAUGCACUCUAACCUAAUUAAUUGAGCUGAGUAUGUUCAGGAAUGCCUUGCACUUUGCAUAUUGUAAAAAAAGAAAAGAAAAGAUGAGCUACAGAAUCCAGUUGUAAAGAGAUAUAGAAAAACAUUUAAAAUCCUACACAAAAUUGCGAACAAGUUGUGCUUGUGUGACCGACUGCAGAACAGCUUUAAAAACAUCCUGUAGGCUAUUUAGCUCCAAAGAAGCUAAAAUUUGCUAAAUUAUAUUUAGAAUGAGCCUUUUUUUAACCUUUAUUGAGCCUAAAUGCAUCUGAACAAACCGAAACGCUCUUAUAGCUUCCGCAGUUGACCCUGACCUCUGACUCCAGCUGCAACGGGUAUAACCUGAAGGAGCGGGAAAAAAAAUCUAUUCAUCAGAGUUCACCGGAGCAGCACAUUAUUAUGAUCACAAUUAUUUGUUAUACCAGCGACCUUGGUGGUAGUUUUUCCAACGCUGUUUCCAUCACCUGAGCUGCUGCUGCGUCUCUUCUGUGUCCCUCCCAACGGUUUCAUUCAGGAGCAAGAUGGCUUAUUAUACUAAAAGGUUUUUGUCGCGCUAAGCCGUGCAUGUGUGCUUAAAACGUACAUUUCAUUAACAAACUGCGGAGGUAUAAAAGCGGAUUUAUGAGGCUUCAAAAGAUCACAAGAAGGACGGGUAAGAAAGCCCCCCUCACUCCGUGCUUGUUGUAGAGAGCUUUUAUCAGCGGGUAACUACGCUGCGUAUACAGAGCCAAGCCAAUACUUUAUAUGGCCCUGGGCCUUUGGGCCCCAAUUCACAUUAUUUAUUCAAUAACAGCAGAGAAAAGGGAGGGAAAAGUGAAAUUUAAGUUGGGUGGGGAAUGGAGGGUUUUUUCUGUUGAUUGAUUAGCUUGAAUAAAAUUUGACUAAACUGUAAGUACAAAUAUAUAUAUUGAAAUAGUUACAUUACAUUAAACUGCAAAAUGCAUGAUUUUUUUAUACUGAUAAUUCUUUAAAUGUCGAAGCUAAAUCUAGUUAAGCUUCAAAUCAUUUUUUUUAUUUUUGUUAUAUUUUAUUUGUAUUAAUUUAUUUAAAAUCCUUAAAGCAAAUUUGAAAAUUAACAGACUUUCCAACAUUUAGGCACAAUUCAAAGAGCCUUAGAUCUACAUCUGUGUGAGAGGUCGAGCAGCUCAGUGGGACUGCAGAGUGGUCCUGAGUAGGAGUGUAGCUUGCUUAUGCCUAUAGCUGGCUGUGCUAGCUGCACCUGCAGAAUCAAAGACAAAACAGGAAACAGUGAAAGAUAGAAUAAUACGUUUUAAAAAAGUAGAUUAUUUGAACUUCUUGUUUUACUUCUAUAAAACAAUAAUCUUUUUAUCAUGACUCUAAUUGAUGCUUUAUGCUUCCCUAAAUGCAUGAAGUAGUGCUAAAAAUCAACUUUGCAACAAACAGAGAAAAACAGGUAUGUUGUUUUAAGCACUUCCAGAGAAAAAAAAGAAUAAAGUUCUUCAAGGUGCUUUUUUCAUUUAGGAAAGCAGCAACUAAAUGAGCGAUUCCCUAAACACACACACACACACACACACACACACACACACACACACACACACACACACACAUGGGCGACACGGAUGAGCAGGAUGAAAGUUGACGCGGACUCUGGUUUCAUCUGCUAAGUAGUCCAUAUUGACGGACCUUCGUAUCUCACAGGUCAGCCGAAGAUUAAACGGGAGGCCAGGCUAAUCGGAAGCCGGGUUUCCGUCCCUUUGACCCGAACGCGCGUUAUUAAUGAUAGCGUCUGAUUAAUCCUCGCUUUUAUCCCGGACUGCAGAGCAGCAAAGGUGUGACAGGGAGAAGCGCCUCUGCGCAGCGCUGAUCAGAUGUCGACCAAACAACAGCCGAAGAGAAAUAUUUAAUUAAAACACUGAUUUUAAAAGAAAAAGAAAAUAAAUUUUUGCUUAAGCUUCUUCUGCUUUUGUAAGUUAAAUUCCGUAAGUAAUUAAUUAACACGAAUUACCUGAUAAACAAAAGUACAUUUGAUGUAAAAAAAACAAUUAUUGUAAUAAUUCUAACAAUAAUAAAAUAAAUAAAUUAGGCAAAUCCUCUGUAAGCAUAACAAAUUUAAAACGAGCAUUCAACUACAAUGUCAGCAUUUAAAUCCUCUUUAUAUUAAAUCAAAGAAAUAAUGUCCUUGAUUUUAAUUCCUUAAGCUGCGGUGCAAACUUUCUAUAUUUUAUUUCUAGUUCUACACAUUUCUCUUCAGCAUGCAAAGUCUGCGUCAAUUAUUCGAAAUAUUAGCGCCGAAACAAAAGGAUCUCGCUCUUUUCCCAAACCCAACCUUCAGCCUUUAGCGCUCACCUCCAAGCCUGUGAAUAAAAAAUGCUUCCUUUGCAUUCACCCGCUGUCUACAUUUCCUAGAUUUUUUUUUUCAAAUGCAAACACAUGCAAUGAUCGGGGUCGUUUGCACCUCUUCCAAACUCUUAAGGAAAUGCUUUCCUCUCCCCCAACAUUCAUGGUCGAUUCCGCUGCAGCUGCUUCCUCGCGCUCUUCCCACUAAUCCUGCAGGAAUAAAUAGACUUGGAAAUCAUGUUUUGUGUUCACACAUUGAAGUUUCACAGCGGGAUCUAUAAUAAUGCAAACAUAAAGUGGUGCAUCUCAGCCGAGACAAGAAAAAGAUUAAGCACAAAUGGGUUAAAAAAAACAAACCUUCUCAUGCACAAUUUCACAGUUUAAAAGGUAAAACACACUCAAAACUCAAUCAAGCAGAUUCCUUUAACUUAGCUGUCGCUGUUACCGCUCUGCAGCUGUCAACACAGUUCGAAUUAGCAAAAGUUAAAGGUUGUCUUUGCGCAGCCACGUUAGAGCGCUUCAGAUCUUUCAAUCAUGCAGGCCAAUUUUCUCCCCCUGCUCCUCCUCCUCCCUCCGCCACCGUUAAAUGGUCUAUGACGGACGAACACAGAAAAUCAGCGGAAAGCAGCGCUGCUGAUGUCCCAUUGUUGACAAAUCCAAGAAACAACUCCAGUUUGCAUGGUUUAACGGAGAGCGGAGAGAGCAAAGCUUUGGAAGCGAAGGAGAGAUGAGAGGUGGGGGGUGUGGCGUCACCGAACCACGUGUCCAGCUCUGAUAGUAUAUCUUAUACAAGGGGGGAAAGUAAUCUAUCAGUCAGUCCGGUUAAAAAGCUCCGGCCUUUUUUCCAAAAGCAGAAUGUGUCAGUUCGACUCAGCUCGCCAAAUAUCGCUGGUUUAGGACGCGCGCCGCCGCUCAGGAGAGACGCCGGAGCGCAAACGGCAAAAAAAAAAAAAAAAAAAGUUGCGCUUUCUCUCCAAACAACUUCUGAGGCAAAAACGCACCGCUCUGCAGGCCCCGCUAACUUCCAGCGUGGGGAAUAUUUCUUGAAGUUUGAAGUUUUUCUGCACACCUUCAGAUCGUUGGAGACCUCCGAUUUUUGUCCAGCAGACCCCCGGUGUGCGCGCACUGGCCGCUGCACAGCUUUUUCCACUCCUGUGAGUUUCUUCUUCUCCUAUUCUUUUUUUUUUUUUACAUUAAAGUGUGAGUAAGACGUGAGAUGACCCUCUCUGGAGGCAGCGAUCGAGCCAGCGACAUGUCCGGCCAAACUGUGCUCACAGCCGAGGACGUGGAUAUCGACGUGGUGGGCGAGGGAGACGAUGAGGGCAUGGAGAGGGUGGACAGCGACUGCGACAGCCCGGGGGGAGGCAGCAUCCUGCACGGCUUUCGAGGAGAGCCGGCCGACGAUGACUUGGAGGACGAGAUCGAGGUGGAGAAGGAGGAGAUGAGGUCCGGAGGAGGGAGCCCAUGCUGCGAGAGCUCCGGGGAAGGAGAGCCGGGCGCAGGGAAAGGAGAGGGUCACGACCAGAGCGCAGCGACGGGAGGAGCGACCCAGAAGCCCAAGAGCAGCUUGGUGAAACCGCCUUACUCCUACAUCGCUCUCAUCACCAUGGCGAUCCUCCAGAGCCCGCAGAAGAAGCUCACCCUCAGCGGGAUCUGCGAGUUCAUCAGCAACCGCUUCCCGUACUACCGGGAGAAGUUCCCGGCGUGGCAGAACUCCAUCCGGCACAACUUGUCUCUGAACGACUGCUUCGUGAAAAUCCCCCGGGAGCCCGGCAACCCAGGAAAGGGCAACUACUGGACCCUGGACCCGGCUUCAGAGGACAUGUUCGACAACGGCAGUUUCCUUAGGAGGAGGAAAAGGUUCAAGAGAGUUCAGCCGGACGUGCUCAGGGAUCAGACCGCACUGAUGAUGCAGAGUUUCGGGGCGUACAGCCUCGGAGGCCCCUACGGGAGGCACUACGGUAUCCACCCGGCUGCGUAUUCCCACCCGGCGGCUUUGCAGUACCCGUACAUCCCACCUGUGGGGCCCAUGCUCCCGCCGGGCGUCCCCCUGCUGCCCUCGGCGGAGCUCAACAGAAAGGCGUUCAACUCUCAGCUGAGCCCGAGCCUCCAGCUGCAGCUCAACAGCCUGAGCACGGCGUCAAUGAUCAAAUCCGAGCCGUCUAACAGGCCGUCCUUCAGCAUAGAGAACAUCAUCGGGGUGUCCAGCUCGUCGUCCGUGACGCCGGGCGCAGCGCAGGCUUUCCUCCGGCCUCCGGUCACCGUUCAGUCGGCCCUGCUGAGCGCGCAGUCCCUCUCUCUGACCCGGACCUCUGCCGCGAUCGCGCCCAUCCUCAGCGUCCCUUCAAAUAUUAUUUCUGGACACGUUUUACCUUCAGCGACGGCGGCAGCGGUCUCCAAAUGGCCCUCACAGUGACUGAAGAGCAAGAAAAAAAACUCUCUUAUUUUUAUAUAGAGACUUUAUUGCUGGGAGGCGUGAAGAGCACAAAUCAAUAGGCAGCACUGGACUGUAAAGCCAUGAAAAAGACUCUUGAAAUACAAGAGAAAUGAAAAAAAAUGAAAAGAAAAGGAAAGUAUUUCUGUACAGGUAACAUUUGUAAAUAUUUGUAAAAAAAAAAAAAAAAAGGGAGAAUAAUUUUACCCGUCUGACUUUUAUCUGUCCUUUGUUCCUGUUUGAGAUCUGUGAUAAUUAUUUUGAUUUUUCUUUUUUUCUAUUGGAGGCUCGACUUGACACAUUUCAUACAAGACACGAUCAAGUGCAAAAAGACUGUUUAUAAUAAUAUUAUUAUUAAUAAUAAUAAAAAAAAUCAAAUAUAUGUAAUUCUAUGUAGUUAUCUGGUGUUGUAAGCUGAAAUUAUUUGUAAAUAAAUU